AUUCAGUAAAAAAAUGUUUCAAGAUUAGUUUUUAAUUAUUUAUUUUUUUGGACUGUGAUGUUUAUAUAUAUACAUUUAUUGUGUGUGUAUGUGUUGUCUUUAUAUAUAUAUGUUAAUAGAAACUGCUGAUACACAUCUUCUCUUCUUCUCACCUCUUCAAUUUAUUUCCCUUUCUUUCUCCUUUUAGAGCAGUGUUAGCUAACAUCCUCUAAAGAAGGAUGGCUCUUUCUGGGGCUAAUAAAGAUGGAAGAGAGGUGAGGAUUUAUGAAUAUUUGGACGAACUCCACACCGAUUUGGCAGAUUACAUCGCAGAAUUAUCGGAGGCUUCUGUGAAGGAGAGGGGAGUAUUUGCUAUUGCUUUAUCUGGUGGCUCCCUCAUCAGCUUGAUGGGAAAACUAUGUGAAGCUCCUUAUAGCAAAACUGUUGAUUGGGCUAAGUGGUACAUCUUUUGGGUGGAUGAACGUGUGGUGGCGAAAAAUCAUGCUGACAGUAAUUACAAGCUUGCCAAGGAUGGACUUUUGUCUAAGGUGCCUAUCGUUCCAAGCCAUGUACAUUCCAUUAACGACACAGUCUCAGCAGAGAAAGCUGCAGAAGACUAUGAGUUUGUCAUUAGACAGCUCGUGAGGACUCGUGUAAUCAGCGUUUCUGACAUUAGUGACUGCCCCAAGUUUGAUCUCAUCCUUUUGGGAAUGGGACCAGAUGGGCAUGUUGCAUCUCUUUUCCCUAAUCACUCCGUACUUGAUGAGAAAGAAGAGUGGGUAAUGUUUCUCACCGACUCACCCAAGCCCCCUCCGGAGAGGAUUACUUUUACUUUGCCAGUUAUCAACUCCGCGUCCAAUGUGGCUAUAGUUGUUACUGGAAACAGCAAAGCAGAGGCUGUUCAUUCAGCAAUUGAUGAUGUUGGACCUGACUGCCCGACGCUGCCUGCAAAAAUGGUCCAGCCAACUAAAGGGAAUUUGGUUUGGUUUCUGGACAAGGCAGCUGCCUCAAAACUUGACGGCGCAAAAUUUUCCGAGUAGGGCCAGGCUUUCAAAAUGUAUGAUGGUGUAUGUAGCAAAAGCAUAUGCAACUUAGUUCAUUCUCAUCUUUCAUCAAGUUUUCUCUUUUGAUCUUCCCUUUUUUUUUUUGCAAAUUUUUGACACCCUUUCUUGUUUGAGAAGAAAAUAUGGAACUUCUUGUUCUGUUGGAAUAGGUAAAAUCUUCCACCUGCAGUCCUCUCUUCUGAGGUGGGGUUUGAGAAGUGUGUUUGUUGGGGAAGAUGGCAAUAAAAUUGGAUCCUUCCUUUCUAAA